AUGACAACAACAGCUCCCGAAACCCAGCGCCGCUCCAACUGGGUCACUUCCUACGAUAACGUUUACUACCGCCCGCGCCUCAGCAAGAAACCUUCUUCGCUGUCGGUUGCACGCUUCCCGGCGCCGUUGAUCGGUCCCCGGCGGUCUCGUCCCCAGGCCAUCCACAUUAUUAGCUAUCCCUCGGGCUACGUGCCUCGAGAGUUGCGACCAGGAAAUCGGCCUGACACUCCCCCGCCGCCUCCAGCGCCUCGGCGUGCGCCAUCACUACAGCCCUCACCAAGCAACUCUUUCAACGACGCCGUCCAGGAUUGUCCUAUCGGCAGCAGUGUCAACACAAAAAAGAGGAGGAGCUUCAAGUCUCGUGCAGCAGUGCGUCGCAGGGAUAAGCUUUUGAGUUCACUGUCUCUAGCAGGCCCCUCUGAAGCGAUUGACCCUGCGUAUUCAAAUUCUUGUGCCACUUCGGGUCGUAUAAGAGCCGAGCCAGCAUUUUCUGCUGAUCGCACGACUCGGGAAAGCGCCGACGGGACUCGUGCUCUCACUGCCACUUCCACUGCCACUUCCACUGCCACUUCCACCGCAACUGCCAAUACUGGACGCGCAAUUGCCCCGUCUUGCCACAUGAAUAUGAAUAUGGCCUCUAACACCAACCGAAGCAGCUUCAUGUCUGUACGAUCUUCAAAAUCUGCCGUCACCUCUGUCGUCGCCGAGGUCCCGAAACCCGUCGCUUCCGGCAGUGGCGUGUCAUGCUCAAUUCUCCUCGCCGAACAAAACAUUUUCCUCUCGGGUUUCGACCAUGACGGCCACGGCCAUCGCGACUCCCAAGGCGGCACUGCUCUGCUGCGAGGCAGACUUCAAUUGCGCGUUACAAAGAACGUCAAGAUCAAGGCCGUUCAGCUCAAGCUUCUCGGUCGCGCCCGCACGGAAUGGCCAGAGGGCAUCCCGCCACUAAAGCAGGACGUCUACGAGGAGGAGAGUCUGCGCACUCAGGUCCUCACAUUUUUCAAUGCCAUGAAUGACGGCUGGGAAUCCGACUAUGGCAACCAAUGCACCUACAAGCUCAAGAACGCAUCGCCCAACGGCAGCUCGACGAACCUGGCCCGACCUAGCCCUUCGAGCUCGCUUUCGCCACAUCGCAAUAACCUGACAGCCAAGGAGAUGAAGCGCCUAUCGCUGCAGAGCGUUCAAUCGCGAAGCUUUAACAAGGGCGACAGCCCAAUCGCCUCGGCUACUCAGGUCAAGGGCUACAAGGUCUUUUACCCCGGUGUUUACGACUACUCGUUUGAACUCCCCAUCGAUCACCACCAGCUAGAAACGACCAAGCUGCAAUAUGGAUCUGUCAAGUGGGAACUUCAAGCCACCGUUGACCGAGCCGGCGCCUUUAAACCUAACCUCCACGGCACCAAGGAGGUUUCGAUUGUUCGAGUACCCGAUCAACUCUCUCUUGAGAUGUCAGAGCCCAUCUCUAUCAGCCGACAAUGGGAAGAUCAGCUCCACUACGACAUUGUCAUUUCGGGCAAGAGUUUCCCAAUUGGCAGCAAAAUCCCCAUCGCCUUUAAGCUUACGCCUCUGGCCAAGGUUCAGGUGCACAAGCUCAAGGUGUAUGUGACGGAGUCAAUUGAGUACUGGACUAGUGAUAAGCGCGUCACUCGAAAGGACCCGGGCCGCAAGAUUCUUCUCCUUGAGAAGUCUGCUGGCAAGCCCCUCGAGUCAUCUUAUGCUUCCUCCGAGAUCCGAACGCUUCGUGGCGGUGAACUCACUCCCGAGCAGAGACGACAGGCCCGCGAGGCGGCCGCCCGAAGACGAACACUGGAUGCCGCUCGACGACAGACUACCGCUGCGCCACUCCCCGAACCCACGGCUAACCUCCUUGGUGAUAUCGAUCUGGGACUGGAGACUUUCUGGGGUUCAACUGAGAUCGAGGCCAAUGUCCAGAUCCCAACUUGCGAGAUGAUGGCAAAGAACAAGGAACUGCGACUUCAUCCUGACUGCAGCUGGAAGAAUGUCAAUGUCUUCCACUGGAUCAAGGUUGUGAUGCGCAUCAGCCGCCUCGACCCUGAGGAUCCUACUGGCACAAAGCGCCGGCACUUUGAGAUCAGCAUUGACUCACCCUUCACGGUGCUCAACUGCCGAGCUACCCAUGCCAACACGAACCUCCCAGCCUACUCAGGACCGAACUGCAAUGGCGCGACGUAUCAGUCCACUUGCGGGUGUCCCGACGCCUUCACCAUGCCGACAGAUGCUUCGCCUAACUCGUCUACGGGCACGCUUCCCGGAGUCAAUGCUAGCAGCGAAAACCUUCCUGCACCACCACAGGCGGCUCAUUUGGCCAAUGCGAUUGGUGGUCAGCAAGAACCUCGGCCAAUCCAUCUCCUCCGAGUUCCAAGCUUCAACCCUCCCGCUUUCGAGGACGAUGUCGCACCACCCCCCGCAGCCGAACUUGUCUCGGAGCACCCAGAACCGACUAUGACGCCUCCCCCUCAGUAUGAUGUUGUGGUUGGAACCCCUAGCGUCGAUGGUAUGGCCGAUUACUUUGCCAGACUGGCUGAUGCUGGCUAUGACGGACCCGAGGAUGAUUCUGAGUCGGAUCCUGACGACUCACCCCCACGGAUCCUUGACCGCACCGGGCGCGUCAAUGUGGCCAACCCCCGUACCCCGGGAGGUAGGAGAAUGCCAAGUCGCAGCCUGGAGAUUUCUAGGCCACCAAUCAAUCUCGAUAUGGCAGCUCUCCGCAACCGAGCUGGACGGGCAGUGUGAAGAGCGCUGGCCGCCUGCGUUUGGAUAUGAUAUGGAGAGCUGUGCGAUGUGGCAAAAGCACACAGCCAGUCUGCGUGUGUGUCACCGCUACUACACCAUAACAUACACUGACGUUCACGUUUACGAUAUUUACGUCUCUAAUUCUUUUUUCUUUUCUUUGUCAAGUGUUGUAUCAUCAAGCAUCGGUUGGGAUGUGAUGAAUGUAUGGGUCAACUGGUUUGGCGGCGUUUACAAAAGACGGACGGACGGUUGGCAAGCAAGUCAUUUACCAGAGAUUCCACGGAAAGCAUAUACCUGAAUGAAUGAUUGGAGGGGAAUGGAAUGGAAUGGAACGGACAGGGUCAUGAUGCAUUCAAAGAGGCACCCACGUAUCGAUACCACAUCGUCUCCUAUAUUACACUAUUAUAUAUUGUCGUCCGAUGAG